UUUUCUGUUUUUUUUUUUUUUUUGUUUCUCUUCCUUUUUCUCUUUACGUAAAACCCACAAAUGAAUCUAUUCCGGCUAGUCGCGGAUUUGAUGCAUCUAGCCUCUAUUUUUAUUCUGUUACUGAAAAUAAGAAAGACACGUUCAUGUGCAGGUAUAUCUUUCAAGACACAGUUACUCUACUCCAUUGUAUUCUUGACUCGUUAUUUGGACUUGGUUUUGAAAAAGGUGUCCAUCUAUAACACGACAAUGAAGAUAUUCUUUAUAGCGUCCUCUAUUUAUAUAUUAUAUCUGAUGCGCUUCAAGUAUAAAGCCACCUAUGAUGCUGGAUUGGAUACGUUUCGUAUUGAGUACCUCUUGGCCGGAUCCGCCGUACUUAGUUUAACAACGUCUUACAUUUAUACGGUGGUGGAGAUUUUAUGGUGUUUUUCAAUUUGGUUGGAAGCGGUUGCUAUUUUACCACAAUUGUUCAUGUUACAAAGAACGGGAGAAGCAGAAACGAUCACAACACAUUAUCUUUUUGCUUUGGGGGCAUAUAGAGGAUUAUAUCUAUUCAAUUGGGUAUACCGAUAUAUGGAUGAGGGACAUACGGAUUGGAUUGCUUGGGUAGCUGGUAUCAUACAGACUGCAUUAUACAGUGAUUUCUUUUAUAUUUAUUACAACAAGGUUUUAAAGGGCGAGAAAUUUGAAUUACCAAAGAUGGUAUAAAUUGUCCGAGUAGAUAUAAUCCUUGUCUUACCCAUAACCUUUUUUUUUUUUUUUUCUUUUUCUUCAUCAUCACAUCUUUUUCUUUAUACUAUUUUAAUAAAUGCCUGGUAGUAGUGUUCACCCAUUUUCUAGUCAUAA